GAGACAAAAUUGGAGGAGAAAAUUGAGGAGAGAGGACAAUGGGGCAGUAAAGUGGAGUUCCUCUUGGCCGUGGCAGGAAAUGUGGUGGGUCUGGGUAAUGUAUGGAGAUUCCCCUACCUCUGCUACAAGAAUGGUGGAGGUGCAUUUCUCAUGCCUUACCUUGUGUUUGCGGUGACGUGUGGUGUGCCCUUGUUUCUGCUGGAGACUUCUAUGGGACAGUACACCCAAGAGGGUGGCAUCACAUGCUGGCAGAAGAUCUGUCCAUUGGCUGAAGGGAUUGGAUAUGCUGGUCAGCUGAUCCUGCUGUACAGCUGCAUGUGCUACAUCAUUAUUCUGUCAUGGGCACUUUUCUACCUUGUCUUCUCAUUCAGCUCCCAACUGCCUUGGGCCAGCUGUGACAACACUUGGAACACAGAUGAGUGUGUAAGCUUUGCUACAAAAAACCUGACCUACAACUGGACAAGACAAAUCAACUCAACAUCUGCCACCACUGAGUUCUGGGAGAGGAGAGUUCUGUCUAUCUCAGGAGGCAUUGAGCAGAUGGGCAGCAUUCGAUGGGAAAUCCUCCUGUGUCUCAUUGCAAUGUGGGUCAUCUGUUACUUCUGUGUUUGGAAAGGAGUAAAGUCAACAGGCAAGGUGGUAUAUUUUACAGCUACCUUCCCUUAUGUUAUGCUGCUGGUGUUGCUGAUUCGUGGGCUGACUCUGCCAGGAGCUUGGGAAGGAGUCAUGUAUUACCUGUACCCAGAACCAUCCCGUCUCGCUGACCCACAGGUGUGGCUGGAGGCAGGAUCUCAGAUCUUCUUCUCCUACAGUAUUUGUGUGGGGUCACUAACUGUACUGGGCAGUUACAACAAAUACAAGAACAACUGCUACAGGGAUUGCUUGUUGCUUUGCCUGCUGAACAGUUGCACCAGUAUGGUGGCUGGGUUUGCUGUGUUCUCAGUGCUGGGAUUCAUGGCUCAUCAGUAUGAUGCCCCUAUAGAUGAAGUGGCAGAAUCAGGUCCUGGACUGGCAUUCAUUGCUUACCCUCAGGCAAUAGCAAUGAUGCCACUCCCUCAGUUAUGGUCUGUCUGCUUCUUCAUCAUGCUUAUUCUGCUUGGUUUGGACACACAGUUUGUUGCCAUGGAAGUAGUCGUGACAUCAGUGGCCGAUCUGUUUCCUUCAGUACUGCGCAGGGCAAGACGCAAGGAGCUCUUCCUCCUCUUCUUCUGCCUCACAUGCUUCUUCAGUCAGUUUGUGAUGAUUACAGAGGGAGGAAUGUAUAUAUUUCAGCUACUUGACUACUACGCCUGCAAUGGCACCUGCGUCCUCUUCCUCUCUGUUUUCGAGUCUCUCGCCAUUGGCUGGAUCUUUGGGGCUGAGCGUCUGUGUGAAAUAAUUGAGGAUAUGACUGGGAUGUACCCUAACAUCAUCUUCAGACUGUGUUGGAAAUACCUCACACCUCUAGUCUCUCUGGGAACGUUCAUCUGUUCUUUGGUGGAGUACCAGCCUUUGACGUUUAAUCGCUGGUAUGUGUACCCAGACUGGGUGUAUGUUCUGGGCUGGAUUUUGGCCCUCUCUUCCAUCCUGCUAGUGCCAGGCUGGGCGCUCAUUCAGUUGUGGACUGGCACAGGCAGCUUCAGACAGCGCUGGCUUAAGCUGUGUUGUCCGGAUGAUAACCUCCCUUUGACCCAAAAACAGAAGGCCAGGAGACAGGACAUGAUCCUGUGUUCUGAGAUGGAAGACCUUAAUGCUAUGAAGGACACAACUCACCAGAGAAAUGAGUAG